GAAGAGUUGAAUCGGAGUUUUCGAAUCUAAAUCGGAAUUAGAAGCGAGCGAGAGAGAGAGAUUGCGACUGAAAGAUUUUGUUUGGAUGCGGUUACGGAACGUUGCGCAGACGGCGCUAGAGCAAUGAUAAUUUAUAAUUUGCAUAAUUGUUGUUAUUAUUUUGUGUAUUAAAUUGUGUAUGUCGCCGAGCGUCGCAAUUUCAGUGCAAAGUGAAAUGAAACCAAAGCGAAAAAUCUCAACAUUUAAAUUCUAAAUCAACUUGCAACAUCACCAUCAUCUUCAUCGUGUAUUCAACAUUGGGAUUUGCCUCAUCAUUGUCUCAUCAACAUGUACUGCACCAAAGAUUGCACCUGUCGCCUUUGCCGCGAACUGCGCGAUUACAAGCUGAAGAAGGCACCGCCACAGCAAUCCCAGCAGCAGCAGCAAAAGCAUCAGCAGCAGCAACAGAAGGGAGACAAGGGAGCGGGAGUGACGCCACCGAGUUCCCUGCUGGGUCGCAUGCUAAAUGAGAACUUCAUAUUGAGGCGACGAGGCAUCUCGCUGAAGAACUUUCAGCCGCAAUCGCUGCGCAACAGCGAAAUGUGUCAGUUGGCUCCUCGAGAUCUGCCACGCCCCACACAAACGCCCUCGCCCACGCCCAUCGAAGAGUUGCCCGACUGGGCGGCCACACAGCGCAGACAGCCAGGCAAUGGAAAUGGGAAUAGCAAUGGGAAUGGGAACGGGAAUGGGAAUGGGAAUGGGAAUCUAGGAGAUCGAGAGGUCAAACCAAAUCAUAAGGUGGUCAUCUAUUUUGGUGACUCCAUGAAUCGAGGACAACCCGCAGAUGCAGCAGCCAAUCUGCGCUCACAGUUGCUGCAGGAGAUGUGCCACAAACUGCAGGCCAAUGGAUCCAAUGACAAGCUUAAGCCAAAGCCGAAGCCAGAGCCAGAUCAAGAGGCGGCAGCAACAGGGCCAGAUUUGGAGCUAAAGCAGCAGGCGAAGCCAGUGCCAGAGGCAGAGGCAGAAACGGAGGUGACUGCGGGUGGUGAUGCUGAUGAACUACCGCCCUACAUUGAGAGCGUGCAGAAUGGCGUAAUUAAUAUCAAAAUUGAAGGCAAUUACCGGCGUGCCAGUGCGCUGGUGGAAACGGUGGCAAAGCCAACUCUAGCCGUUGUUGGCCAAAUGAAACCCGAUGCUCUUGCAGCUGAUGAUCAUCAUCAUCAUCGCAAUGAUGAUAACCAAAACGACGACGACGACGACGACGAUGAUGACAGCGACCCUGGCCACGAUGCGGAGACAGCCAGUCAGUCGGAUUCAUGCGAUUGGAGCUACGUUCAGGAGUGGCGACGUGCUGCGAGACGACCGACCGGAAAUUUGCCGCCCAACUUCGGGGGACAGCAGCCGCCGAGCCAGAUGACGGGGUUGCCGCCGGUGCCGGUGUCGGCGCCCGUGGCGUUGCAGUCCCAAGCGCAGCUGCAACAGUUGCAGGGGGCGCCGCACACGCCGCAGGCCGGAGGCGCUGGACUGGCUGUGGCGAUGGCCACGCCAGCACCGCGAGUGUUCAAGGAACUGGCGCAGCAGCCGAACAAGGCGCCAGUGGGUGGCAGUAAGCUGGUGAGCAGUCCGCUGCCACAGCCACAGCUGGCUACGUCGGUGGCCAAGGGAGGCAUGCCACAGCGGGCGGUGACGGGACCAGCUCGCCUCACAGUGCAGAGCACGCCAGUGAAGUCGCAGCCACCGCAGCUAAGCGGCAGCUUGCAGAGCUCGCCCAGUCGCCCCACGCUGGGCAUUCCCACAGCGACGCCUCCACAACAACAGCAGCAACCACAGCAGCAGGCAGCUCCCAGACAUCAGCAUGAACAGUUUCGGGCGCUGCAGAGAGUACAGGAAUGCCACAGCUCGUCGGAUGAGAAUCGCAGCUCGGGCCAUGCCAGCAUGUCGGACACAGGCGGCCACAGUUCCUCGCCAGCGGGAGGCAUGACUUUGGGACCGCUGCCCGAGGAUCGACUGGCUGCUGGGGUGACCAAUCGCAGCACACGUUCAAGGAGGCAUCGCGGCAUCAUGCCGGGAGGGAAGGCGCCGUGGAGCGGCACUGGGCUGGAGGACAUCAAGUUGGCCAUACAGCAGCUGACGAUGCGCUCCCAGACGAGCAGCAGCACCUACAGCAGCCUCAGUGCCGGCUCGGAGAGUUCGGAGCCCGCGCGACGCCUGGGACGCUACUCAUCGCUGGAGACAGUGAUCACGAGCACAAGUGCGGAUGAGUUUGUCUGGGUGGACUCACACAAUCGACUCGUAGAGUUGCAGCAUCCGCCGUGGAGUCAGCAGUGUAUAAUGCGUGUUCUGCGCCAUGGACGUUGCAAGCAGCAGGCGGAACAGGUGACCGUCGAGGUCAUCUCGAGGCUGGGCUAUUUGCUGCAGCGUGCGCUGGUGCGCAUUGCCCGCGAGAUUCAGCGCUUUUCGGCGGGCCUGGGACUGUGCUCCAAGCAGGAGGUGGCUGGCGCCUUUAAGGUGGUGCUAUGCUCCACGUUGGCUGAUUCCUGCACCAAGGCAUGUCUGCGGGCUGCGGCGAUGUUCGCUGUGCCCGGCGAGAGUGCACUGAAGCAGAGCAAAUCCGCUCGAGCUGGACUUCAGCUGAGCGUGGGCAGUUUCUUUCGAUGGAUGACGGAUGCCCGACUAGGCAAAUUUAUACACGAAUAUGCAGCGGUCUAUCUGUGCGCUGGCAUUGAGAAUCUGCUCGAGGAGAUCAUGCUGCAAUGCGGCAAUGGCAAUGGCAACUCCACGGCCGCCGCUUUGGAUCAAAGCAUCGCUAGCAGCGGCGAUUUCUGGGGUCUGCUGCAACCGUUUGCGCAUCUGAAUGCUGGCCGCAUUGCAUCCGGCGCCUUGGCCAUGCCCCGCUGGGCCAGCCCCUUCUCCCUGGCCACUUGUGUGGGCAGUAUACGUGAGCUGAAGGAGAAGGCGCUGCGCACUCAGCAAGAGUUCCAGCAUGCUGCCGCCUUGUCGAAUGCCGCACUGAGUGCGCUCUUCUACUUCAUGCGCUGCUCCCAGCUGGAGCACACCGAGCUGGCGGCACAGAGCUCUACAGCUGGCCAGGCGCCGCCCAAUAGUGGCACCCAGAAUGUCCAGGAGUUGUGCUAUGAACGUGCCUACGUCGUGUUGCCCCCACUGGCCGAGUGGCUGCGAGUCGCCUCCGCACAUGCCGAGCAUCGCAACGGGCUUAUGAUUGACAAGGAUGACAUACUGCAGGCUGCGCGUCUGCUACUCCCCGGCGUCGACUGCCCCAUACGCGCCGUGGCCCACGACGAGGAGCUGCCCACCAAGAAGACGCACUUCGGCAACAGCUGCAGCAGCAGCAGCUCGACAGGCGGUGGCAGCGUCACAGGCACCGCCAGCAGCUGCAGCUCGCCAGCGGCGGCAGUGAGCAGCAUUGGCGAAGACACCUCUGAACUGGGACGACGUGCCACCAUCGGCGUGGCCUUCAAGCUGCUGCUCACGGGUCGAGCAGAGCUGCUCGCCCAAGCGGCGCAAUUGCUGCCGCCCACUACACGCUACGAUACGCAGAACAGCGCCGGAUUGACUGCGUUGAUGGUGGCCAGCAUACGGAACGAUGAGGUAGCCCUACAUGCACUGCUCGACGCGGGCUGUGAUCCCAAUGUGGAGGUGCCAGCAGCGGGCAGCAAUGGCUAUCCGGCCAUACAGCCGGACACACAGCACUGGACGGCGCUGAGCUUCGCCGCCAGUCGGGCCAACUAUGUGGCACUGCGGAUACUCCUGGAGCGUGGCGGCAAAGUGGAAGGCGGUGCACGCAGCAGCGAAGAGAAGUGCACAUUGACGCCACUCCAACUGGCUGCGGGCACAGGGAAUCUGGAGAUGGUGGCGCUGCUUUUGGCACAUGGCGCGAAUGCUUUUCUCUCGACGCAGCAGAAGGAUACGCUCUGCUUUGCGGCGGCGGCGCAGAAGGGUUGCUUCUGUGCCAUCUCAGUGGCAGCGGCGCACGGACAUCGCAGCUGUCUGCGCAAGCUGCUCACGCAUCCCGUCUCGCCAGGCACACGAGAUGUGCUCUCCCUAGAGGAGAUGCUGGCUGAAGGCGAUGUGGUGGGCGUGCGUGGCGCUGGAGCUGCCUCGGUUGGACCUGGAGAGGAUCUGCUGCCGUUGCUCAACAAGACGCAGAUCAAGCGGCUGCAGGAGGCCAUGUACCACAGUGCUGAGAAUAAUCAUCUGGAUAUUACCAUUGAACUUCGCAAGCUAGGCGUGCCUUGGACUCUACAUUGCUGGAUGCAUGCGCUGUCGGCUGCCCAUGAGCUGCGCCUUGAUGCGGUCAUCGAUCAGCUGCUGCAGGACUUUCUGCAGGUGUGUCCCGAUGACUACAGCGCCCAGUUUGUCAGCGAGUGCUUGCCCCUGCUCUUCAACAUCUUUCGCAAUAAGAACGAAGGCACCACGCUGCUGCUGGCCGACAUUUUUGCCACCUGCUUCGGCUGGGAGGCACUGCAUCCGCUGAAGGAACAGCCACCCAUGCAGCCCGUGCAGGGCACACGCAUCGAUCCAAAGUUUGUCAACAAUCCGGAACUAAGCGAUGUUACUUUUCGCGUUGAGGGCAAAAUCUUCUAUGGCCACAAGAUUGUUUUGGUCACAGCAUCGCCACGUUUCCAGAGCAUGCUCAGCUCCAAGCUGAGCGAUGCCAACAGCACACCAACUGUGCAGAUCAACGACAUUCGCUAUCACAUCUUCCAGCUUGUCAUGCAGUUCCUCUACAGCGGCGGCUGCAAUGCCCUCGAUGUCUCCCACGCCGAUGUCCUCGAGCUGAUGGCAGCCGCUAGCUUCUUUCAACUGGAGGCACUCUUGCGCUACACCGAGGCACGCUGCUCCGAAAUGGUCGAUGUCGACAAUGUCGUCGCCAUGUAUAUUCAUGCCAAGGUGUACAAUGCCAACAAUCUCUUGGAGUACUGCCAGAGCUUUCUGCUGCAGAACAUGGUCGCCCUGCUGACCUACGAUGAUUCCGUGAAGCGUCUGCUGUUUGCCAAGAAGAUACCAAAUCACGAUGUGCUCGCUGGACUGUUGCACACGUUGCAGCAGCGACUGAAGAGCCGCAAGCCUGGAAAUGCUGGAGGAUUGCUCAACUCCUAUCGAUCGCCGCCGGCGACGCCAGUGAAGAAGUAGUAGAAAUGCGUCUGAUGUGCAUAAGAUGUAUCUAUGUCCUACUCACUUAAUGUCAUAUUUAUUGCAUUGUUUUAAACGAUAUAUAAACAUUUGAGCUCUGUAUUAUAUAAUGCCCCUAUAUUAUACUAUAUACUAUAUACACAAUGUAUACCCUAUAAUAUACCCUGUACGAGUAGUUGUGUAGUUUGUACUCUCAACUUGUUCAGCGCACUGUUAUUUUUAACGAACAGCUUAGCAAUCGUAUCCUGUAGUUAGUUGAAAUUGUUUCUGCAUUAAUCGAACAAAAAACCUACAAAAAAACUACUAUAAAAAAAUACUCGCAAAUUGGUUUUUUUACUUUGUAAGGAUUAUUUUUAUUUUAAAACUUAAAACUUUGGCGGUUUCUGAUAAUCGGUCUCGGGCACAUAUUGCGCCUCGCUGGCCUGCUUAGCGGCCAGUGAGAUUUCCUUGGAGAUGCUGCCACCCUCGGGCACAAAGCCAUGAUCGUUGGCCUUGUAGUUGACAACGACCUCCUUGCCAUCGGCAUCGUAGUACGAAUAGUUGCCGCUGAUCUCGAGAUGUUCAUUCUCGGUGCCGGCAUCGACUACCACAGCUGUCUCCUCGCGAUGUGUGCCAUCCU